GCUGCUGGUAUUUUAAACUGAAUGAGAGAGCAUAUGGCGGGCACAGGCUCAUGUAUUUUUUGACUGAUAUAGGAACAUGGCCGUGAGCAGGAUUGGGAUGCAGCUGCAGAUUUUGCUGUACUCUGUGUCAGCAUAUCUUUCACAGUACAAUCUGGACAAUAUUAUCCCGAUUCCUACAGUUUAUGCUGUAGCCCAGGUCCCAGGCCCAUAUGAUGGCUUGAAAAGAUUUGAUCCAUGUUGUCUGGUGGUCCCUCCACCCCCUCCUUUGUUCCUACCUCCUCCCAGUAUGUGGAAAAUGAGUUCUGUCUUCCCUGGGCCUGUGGAGAGGGUAAUAGUGAGAGUGGAGGAUGAGGAGCAGGUGACAAAGCACUGUGUGGUGGGACCACCAGGACCUCCUGGGCCUGUUGGACCACAGGGUCAUGGUGGCAUCCCAGGGCUACAGGGACCCAAAGGAGAUAAGGGUGACAUAGGACGACCAGGGUCAAAGGGUCGCUCUGGGCGUCCAGGUCUGUCUGGAAAACCAGGUGCUCCAGGAUUGCCCGGCUCAGAGGGACCCAAGGGAGAGAAAGGAGACCCAGGACUGAUGGGAAUACCUGGGAUGAGGGAACCAGCCGGACCUAAAGGAUUGCCAGGACACAAGGGUGAGAAGGGAGUACGGGGUGAUUAUGGACCUGCAGGUCCUAAAGGAGACAUGGGUGAAAAUGGUCUGCCUGGGAUGCUGGGACAGAAGGGUGAAAUGGGACCCAAGGGUGAGCUGGGUGUAUCAGGGAAACGUGGCCCUACAGGCCAACCAGGCAAAAGAGGCAAACAGGGGCCUGAAGGAGAGAAAGGUUAUCCAGGGCCCAUGGGACCUAAUGGUCCACCUGGGCCCACAGGCCACCCUGGACCUCCAGGAGUACCUGCAUCAGGACUGUUUGUUGUUGGAGAAAAGGGUGAGAGUGGAUUGCCAGGCCCCCUUGGAGACUGCGACUGUAGCUUCCCUUCUCUCAGCAGCCCAGCCAGUGCCCCAUUACAACACCGGAGCAAAUAUGACAGAGUUCCAGUGAUAUUUCUUGUAAGCAGCGAGGAAGAGCUAAAAGGGCUCCACGAAGACAACGUACUCACCUUCAGGAAAGAUCAGAGGUCUCUUUAUUUUAAAAAUGAAAAUGGAUGGGAGCCCAUUCAGCUGAUGCCGCUCCAGGCAACAGAGAGGCUGAUGGGAGAGAAUGGAUUCUGUGGGGAUGGGGAGGUGCAGGAACUCAACAGGGAGGAAUGCGACGAUGGAAACAAGGUUGUAACGGACAACUGUGUGGGCUGUAAAAAGGCGAUCUGUGGUGACGGAUAUCGUAAUGAGCAUGUGGAGGAGUGUGAUGGGAAGGACUUUGGCUACUACACCUGCAAAUCGUAUCUGCCAGGUACCUUUGGGCAGCUCAGGUGCACUGACUCCUGUUCCAUCGACUCAACCGGCUGUAAAUAAAGGACCUGAGGCCCACAAAAGUUUACACAUUCACACAUGCACAUACAACACACAGAUGUGGAACAGUCUCCUGAGAUCAAAGUAUUUAGCAGGCUAUCCAAGAGGAUUUGGCUGUGUUUCUUUCUGGCUCAUGACUCACACACACUAGGCUAAAAUUAGGCUACACACAACUUGGCGGAAUAUGCACUAUUUGCAGUAUCUGCUCUUUGAAUCUAGGAUGCUUUUAAUGGCAGCUGAGCUGGUGGAUAAAUGUUUGAAGCAAGUAAGGAGAUGUCAUUAUGAAGAUCAUAAAAUUUGUAAUUAUUUAAAUGAAAAGAAUGAAUGUAUAAUAUAUUUAUAUGAAACACAUUUUUUGAUUUUGCAAAUGCAUGAGUACAUACAAUUAUUAUUAUUAUUAUUAUUAUUAUUAUUAUUAUUAUUAUUAUUAUUAUUUAUUCGAAACAAGUAUGCCUUGUAAUGUUUGGGUUAGACAAUAAUUUAUUCAGUCAUGGCAAUAAAAUUGCAAGUAUGUUAACUCCAGCUGGUGGCACUCUUUCUCUUUGAACAUAACUGAAAUACAGCAUUUCGAGGUGGCACAGAUUUUAAAAACAGAUAGAAGUGAACAUGAAACAUGCAUAAUGUGACAAAAAAAAAAAAAAUGUUUUUUUGCUUGGUGCCUUAAAGUUCUUGAUUUUACAAGUUAGAUGUACAAAUUAGUAACAAAUGGCUCAGAAAAACUUUUUUUUUUUCAACUGGAGUCAUGUGGAUGAUUUUGAUGCCUCUAAAUAUGCAUUUUGGACCAUCAAAGAGUACAUUCAUUUGCAUUGUUUAAAGGAGGAGGUCUGAAAUGAAAUCCUAAAAGUCUUAAAUUCUGUUUUGAUGAAGAAAGAAACUCAGAUCUAUUUUGGGUGAUCUAUUCCUUUAAAAUGAUAGCUGUGUUUUGGAACAUGGUAGCCAGCUGAAUUAAGCUGGUCAUAAACACAUAUUAAGAUUUUUAGAAAAAAAGAUCUCAGAUCUGUUGGUCCAUUCAAUGCAAGCGAAUGGUGGCCAGAACUUUGAAGUUCCAAAAAGCACAAAGGCAGCAUAAAAGUAAUCCAGACGACUCCAGGGGUUUAAUCCAUGUCUUCAGAAGUGAUAUGAUAUGUGGGUGAGAAACAGAUCAAUAUUUAAGUAAAUUUUUCUAUAAAUCUCCACUUUCACUUCCACAUUCUUAAUUUUUUUUGGACGAUUGCAUUGUUCGUGCAUAUCAUCACCUACUGGUUAUGACUGGUCAAAGGUGGAAAUGUAUAUUAAAAGUACUUAAAUAUUGAUCUG